CCGAUCAGAAAAAAAAAAAAAAAACAUUUCUAAUCCUAUAAUAAAGUGUAGCAACGAUGCGAAAGAAUAUGUAUAUAAUCAGAAAGUUUAUUAGCACAAUCUGGUUUCCUUUUCCCUUGCGAAUUUUCCAUUUUAUACUGGAUGCUUCUGGAUUGUUCCACGCAAAGGACCUCUGACGACUUGUCAAAACCCGCUUCUUCCUCCACAAAUUCCCGCUUCAUGUCUCCCCCAAGCCCAAAUCGGCAUUGAAUCGCAGAUCGCAGCAGCAGUCAUCCCACUGCCACACCCGAAGAUGUUCGGCGUCGUCUUCCCCAAUCGCAGUUUCCCUCUCGACAUCUCCACCUUCUCCCAAAUCGACGCUACCCACUGGGUCCUCGACAUGAACCACUUCGUCGGAGAAUCCUACGAUUCCAUCCGAGAAGUGUGCAUCUUCCUGCUCAACAACUUCACGCUGCCGCCGGACAAGGCCCUCGCCGUCUACAUCCAGUCUCCGGGCAGCCCCUUCCUCUUCUGCGGAGCCGUGACGCCCGCCCGGCCCUCCGCCGUGCUCUCGCUGCCCUGGCCGGACCCCGGCAGCGGCGGCAUCCCCCAGCUCACGGCCGACUCCACGCCCCUCUCGGCCAAGAUUGGGGUUUCGGUGGAGGACCUAUCGGCACUGCCGUCACUCGACGUGGCGGCCGAGAGGAAGAUCGAGCGGCUGGCGCUCAAGGUUGGGGAGAAUCUCUUCAAUUUCAUGCAGUCUUUUUGUGCGGUUGAUGGGUCCAAGCUCAUUGUGCCCACCGACAUUUUGGACCGCUGGUUUAAGAAGUUUCAGGAACGGGCCAAGCGUGAUCCUGAAUAUUUGAAAGGCUUCGCCUUGUAGAAUUCUAGAGGAAAAGAAGGGAUCAUUCGAAAUGUUAACAUACUCCAGAAGAGGAAUUGCUGCUGCUGUUGCUGCUAUUGCUGAUGGAUGGCUGAAACAAACCCGUGGUAUUUCUGGCUGAUCCUCGAUUAGUCGAUGAAACUGCAGGCUGUGGAGUAAUAGUAACUUUGAGCGGGAAGAGAAGCCAAAAAUACAGAUUAUUAGCCAUGAAAACUCACCUUUUGAGCAGAUUUCCUGUUGGGGCUCUCCAUGAUUACUUGAUCAGUUUUAAUUGAGUGUGCAGUGUGUAACUGAAGCUCAAGUAUAUAUACAGAGAGAGCUUAGAAGGGGUUUGGAGAUUUGUAUGUUUCAUUUAGAAAUCGAUCACUUGUUGUUGCUCCAUCACCGGCAUCAUAAGCAACUUUUGCUGCUCUUUUUCACCAAACUUUCUGAUUAGAUCUCGCUCUCAUGUACGCAUAUGUAUUGACUGUAUAUGUGCAUAUGUUUCUCGUGUUUGGUUUUCUUAUAACAAAAUGACUACUAAUUGGUUGUC